UAUAUCGAUGUAUACCAUCGGAAAUCAUUUAAGAAAUUAAUGAAUAUGAAUUUAUAUGAUCCAACAUCGAUCGAUAUAUAACUAAUCCUACUUGAAAUCUUGCCCUUUUUUUAGUGUCGUAACUGUUAAUUUCAAGCAGGUGGGAAAGUGGGUUGGGUCUGCGAUGGCUAUGGCCACGCCAAUUGGUACAGUUGAGCGAGAACAUUUCGAUCGUGGAACAGCUUCGUCGAAUCCAACAAAGCUUUUCCUAUAUCUACUCGUGUCCACGGCGUGGACGAGCAUGCAACGAGUUUUCGAACCUACCGACCAUGGCGGAGGAGAGUGAGGAGUCCUCUGCGUCGCGUCCUCGGCAGCGAGAGAAGCAGCAGAUCACCGUCCCGUAUCUUUGGGAAGAGAAACCCGGCGUACCGAAGAGAGUCCCCGUGAUCUCGUCUUCGCCGCCGCCGAGACUCGUGGUUUCCGUCCCCUUCGAAUGGGAAGAGAAGCCCGGGAAGCCAAUCCAGAUUCCUCCCACCCUGCCGGACUUGUUGACUGCCGGCGAUCUGAAUGGGUUGGAUCCUCGUCCUGCGUCGAGCUGUCACCUGAACCCUUUUGUCGAUGAGAAGUCUGGUCCCUUGAAUCCCUUCGUCGAUGAAACGGAGGGAGGCGCCAUGGAUUCUUACCUCGAAGCCUUUUCUUUCAAGAUGGACGACAAUGCAGACCCGUCUUUCGCUGAUGUGACUGCUGCGUGGGAGAGCUUUAGCGAGAACGGCUCCUACCGGAACGAGGACUGGCACUCUGUAUCGGGAACGGAUGGGCACAGCAGCUCGAGCAGCUCAGAGGCAGCGGAGGUGGGCACAGACACUUCGGUGAUUCAGUUCCUUUUCCCGCAGCCCAGCGGGGAAGACGAAGCUCCAUCUGCUGUGGCUGCUCUCCGUGGCCCAAACCAUUGCAGCAGCGAACACGCAGGCAUGGCAAGGAGGGGGCUGACACUCGGGGAGCUCAUACUGCUGAGUCGCAAGCUAAGCUGCAGAAGGAAGCAAAACGAAGGCAGGAAGAGAGAGCACCCAAAGGAUUACCUAAAGAAGAGGGUGCUUACAUGCUUUCCGUUCAUUGCAAAUGGUAACAAGAUGAGAGCAUAUAUUAGCAACUGGUAAGUGAAAAGAAAUCU